UUGACGUUUAUAUCUGAAUAUUCCAGAUACUAUUUGACUUCAAUUAUCAAACUUUGUCAGUUGAUGCAUCUUGAGUCUUUGGAGUGUGUCGACCAAAAAGUAGGUCACUGUGGCCUUCUUUUGGAAUUUGACGGCUGUAUUUGAAUACUAUUUGACUUGUCAGUUGAUGCAUCUUGAGUCUUCAGUGUGUCGACCAAAAGUAGGUCACCGUGACCUACUUUUGGACAGUUACAUUUAAAUUUUUAGGUACUACUUGACUUAACAUCAUCAAACUUUGUUAAUUGAUGAAUCUUGGUUACUGAGAAUUUUUGCCUCUUUUACAAUGUAUCAGAAGAGCGAUUCUAGGCCCAUGGGCCUCUUGUUUCCCAACGUCAUCUGUCGUGCAUCAUCUGUAAACUUUUCACUUUUUAUCUCACCUAAGCUGAAAGCCUAAGUGAGCUUUUCUGAUCACCUUUUCUCUGUUUUCUCUCUGUCACUCCAGUCAUCCAUCUCUCUGUUUGUCCGUAAACUUUUUAAAUUUUUAUAUUCUUCUCCAGAAGUUAAGCACUAGGCCUGUUUCAUAAUUCAAUCUAUGAUAGUUUCUUAGAAAUAAAUAGCAAAGACUUUACUUCAGUAAUGCUCAACUAAUCUUUUAUACAUUUUGAUAUAUUUAGGAAAUACUUAUUUGAAAGGCUGGUCCCUAAAACUUGAUAUCCUCUAAUAGGUCUCAUAAUUGUGCGUUGUAAUUUUUGACAUUUGAACAAAUAGUUUUGAAAUUUAUAUUACGUAAUAUGUAGUUUUCGACUCUCUACUCAUUGAUGUCAAAAUUAAUUCGAAUAGAUUUCCGGUUGGAAUGAUUUCUCAGUUAAUCAACAUGUGAUUUUCAGAAAUGACAAAUAGUAUUGUGCCUGUUGUUUGUUAUGACAUACAAACAUUCACUUCCAAGAAUUGAUGUAAUUUACCUGGUCUUCUUGGUGUUUGGAUAUUUAUUGAAGCAUGUUUUGAUAGUGAUAAAUCGGGAAGACAGAUUUCAAAUUGAUAUAUUCUUUACACAAACGUGAAUGACAACGAUGAUAAUGUCACCACCAAACAAUCGGACAUUCCCGAUUUUCGCCUUUCGGGAUGGCUGAAAGCAUCCAAGAUAUAUGCAAUAAAUGUAUUUUUCAAUUAUAACUAGUUCUAAUUGUAACGGGGACCGUUACAUAUGUUCCCCAAACCUCCCCCAAUUAAAAAGUGAUGUCCUUGUGAAUCUAUAGCAAAAAAUCAUAUUAUUUUAGCCUUUAAUUACAUGUAGUACGUUCAAUAUGGUCAUUUCAGUACCAAGAAAUGAAAGAAAGCGUUGCACGUGCAUACACGCGCACGCGUGUAUGAUUCCGAAUUUUUGUUGAAGACGUUCUACAGGCAUUUGUAUCAUAUACCCACAGUAUGAAUUUCAUAACGUUUCCACCAAAUAUAAGGAAGUUAUAGCGAUUUUAAAAUCGUCCAAUCAGAAUUCAGCACACGUGCAUGCACGUGCUGAGCAGUAAUUCUAACCAAGCAAUUUGUAAUGAGUACCAAGACACAUCUAAACCCCUAAUAUCAAUAGAAUUUGAUGAAAAACAAAAACGUUAUCGUCCUUUAAAAAUUCAACAUUUUAAAAACGUUGCGCGUGUGCGUUAGCAUUUUUUUUUGUUACACUCAUAUAUAGAUACAAAUAUUGUCUACGUAUACUGUGAAUAUCAUCUCAUUCGCUUCAUAAAUAAGAUAGUUACAAACGUUUUAGUAUUAUACAAUCAAAAUGUUCGCUCGUUUGACAAUGAUCGGGGAAUCCGGAAGCUUUUUGUUUAAUUUUUUAAAAAGUAUCGAUGUAAGAUCGAAACAAGUUCUGACUGGAGUUUUCAAAAUGCCAGACUUCAUAGAUGCGGUCGAGACGAUAUCCUAAAUCUAAGGCUUUGUGAAGUUCUGUAGUCACCCAGGUGCCAGUCAGACUGCGCUGUGAAUCGGUGUGCUGGCAUCGCUCGUCAGGGUCUAAGUUGCGAUGUUCGGCAUAAGGGAAAGAGUAAUUUUCCUCCCGUCUUAUAGGGUAGCACGGGGUGAUACAGACCUCGGGGUGGGAGGACGCGACAAUGAAUCAGACCAAAGUACUCUCUCACAUUCUUGAAAUCGCUGGUGAUGACUUGAGGAUGUCCGGUGGGAAACGGUUUGUAUUUCAGAACGUAAGGAUACAAGGAACACACAUCGACGUAUCGCAUGUCUCCCUCGUCGCAAUACAAGCGAGUAGCAUUGGUACGACCUCCAUAUAAGGUUUCCCGAGGAUUUAAAGGAUCCUGAAUAUUGACCUCUUGUAUAAACGUUUGUAACUCGGAGUUGUUUUGAACUUGCUGGUCAAACUCGUGUUCCCAUAGGCUCACGACUGUAUACCCUUGUUCCUCUAAAGCUGUGGCUCGUUUCAUUGUCUGCACGUGCAGAUCUUGAUACGUAUGCUGGACUCGAUGAGGAUGCAUUUCCGUCAACAGAUUCGGAUAACAGAUAGGACACCCGUGCCAGUAACAGCCGUAGAAUUCAUAGACGAUGCGCGAUUCCUCAUCGUACCCGUCCACCGUAUAGGGGCCUAAAGUGACUUCACCCCCAUUUUUAGCAUGACGUAUGGAAUGGUGUUGAUUCUCUAACCAGGAUAGCCAACGGCAAGCCUUGGUCGAGUAGCGGCGCGAUGGUUGAUAUCCGAUAUUAGGAAUAUUGGCAAUGGUGUCCGGGGGCAUGAAUCCUCGUCGAUAGGCUAAAUUAGCCGUGCUCGCAAAAGUAAUCGAUUCCUGAAAUGGGUCGACGCGUACGAGACCAUAGAGGGUAGACUUAAAUUGCGCACAACACCGGCGCAAAAUAUCCACGUCCGAGAUACAGUAAGCUAGAAAUUCCUUCUGGAAAUCAAACUCUUUUCCCUGCUGCUGAUUGUACCAGGUAUAGAAGGCCUCGCGAUUGGAUAUCGACAUGUCGUCAGGAUUGUAGUAGUGCGCAGCUGGAUAAGGCCCCACGUAAUUCUGGUUCUGUUCCGUGUUGAAAAAGUGGGGGAAAUAGCCUUUUUUCGGUUAUCUUGGCAAGGGCAAAGGGUAAGAAAUUGUAAGAAUCAAUGAAUCUCAAGCCGAAUACUCCCAUGGAUAAGAUUUUACUCCCGUUGAGAAUGACUGCGGGUUUGAUACAGGCUGUGUGCACCAGAUAGUUCAAGAUGAACUGCCCAUCGUAUCCCUUGAAAUUGUGCGCAAUGAUGGUAGCCUCGUCGUGUUUGAGUGCAAAAGUACCCUUCUCAUCCGUCUCGGCCUGCAAUAACCAGUCCAUAAACUGUUUUAAGGUGUCUAGUCCUUGAAAUACGAAGCGGCGUUGCGCUCCAAAUCCUUGACAGUGGUGACAGGGGAUGUCGAUAUCUAAACUGUCGCAAUGUUGACACACGCGUUCUGCUACACAUAAAUUCGGGAUGUGAAUUCCGUUUUCCUGUGUACAUUCGAAGUCGUAAUAAAUGUACAUUUUCAAAUCCUUGUUGCGUUUCGGUUUGGGUUUCCUUUGAACAAAGCAGCGAUGUGGCAUGGUGACGAGUUUCUUGCAGAUGUGGCAUCGAGAUUGACCUCCGCAGGCGUGCUGUUUUAAUAACUGCUUGGACAUCCAUUUCUGACACUGGUCACGUCCCAUUAAACUGCAGACGGUUGUCAUAGUAUUGUUACUGUAGGGUUUCAAGUGGGUCUGGUAACACGUAGCAUUUCUGAAAAAACCCUUACAAUGAGGGCAAUUCGUAUGGGUACCGUCCGGGGAACAGGGAGUAUCGGCUAAACAAAACGAACAUCGGUGAGGACAGACGGUACGAUGCUCUUCGAUGUGGCUAUAUCCUACAUCACAGUAAUCGCAAUAAUAUUGAUUUUCCGCCACUCCCGGCAUAGAUGUCACAGUAAUGGUAUCGUAAUGUUCGUUAUCCAGCAGAAUGUUCAAACAAACACCAUGGCCCUGUCCUUUGUAGAUGGGUUCUAACCUUAAACGCUGUGUGUUCGUCUUAAAUUGAAAUAUUUUCAAUCGAUAAUGAGGGGCAAGUACCUGCUGUAAUUUCUCCCACUCCUGAGGGCCACAGGGUUCGUUGAUUGGACAGCCGGCUUGUUCCAUGAGAGCUAAGGCCUGUCGUUUCUGGUCGAGAGCUCGUACAUCCCCAUACCUCAUACGUUUCCAUUUCUUCUCCCAUUUGGGGUCGGAAUGCUCAGGUUUUUGACUGUGUAACCGUGCCACGGCGAUAGCUCGGGGUAGACACAGAGAAUCCUCGGGGUUUUGAAUUUGAACGAUAGCUCUCUUGGAGAUCUUAAAUUUCUUUUUAUCGACUUGUAGAUGUUUUUUCUUCUUUCCCCCGCUACCUUGCGGAUAUUUCACAUGGAAAAAAAAUCCAGCUGUGUGGCUCCGUCUGUCAUCAGGAACUCUUUCUUAGAUUGCUGUACGGCUUCUAUCUUAUUCAAAAUUUUAUCCUCGUUGAGAUUCUUGAACUGUGUGAAUUCCACCCAAAUCUCGGAAUCCAAAGACGGGUGUCGAAUAUUUAACCGUACAUAAUCAUUGGGGUUGCACUGCAUUUCCCGUUUCACAUUUUUGAGCAUAUCUUUGAAUAAUCGCCGAGUAAAGGAAAAAUCUGGAAGCUCUUUGAACGUAACGUUGUACACAUUUUGUUUCACUUUAAAUUUCCUGGAAUGGCGGCCUCUGUCGAGCUUGAUUUGAUAAUAUUCCGACACUAACUGUCGUUUUUCUCUGUCUACCCCCCCCCCCCCCCCCUCCCCGCUGUAAAAAUCUCACUCGUUGCCAGUUUUCUCUGCGGAGUUCUAAUUCACGCUCUCGCUGUAUGUGAAGUUGUUCCUCUAAAAAUCUCAAUCGCUGUUCAAUAUAAUUUGCGUGGAAGUCCAUUUCCGUUAUUCCGUAAGUCGUUGUGUAUUCGCUCAGACAUGCUGAUGAAAGUGACAACGUGAAUUGUGUAUUGCGUUUAUAUACUUAUUGUGACGUCAUAGAAAAGCAGGUUUUUCCACAACGUCAUAUAGAAUGUUCCAGUCCUAGCUCGACCACAACGUCAUAUAGAAUGUUCCACAAUGUCAAUAACCUGAACUCUAAAUUAAUUAACAUUUAAUAAAUGUGUAAACUUAAAAUCAUGCGUUUUUUAUUCAUACCCACUGUGAAUUUUAACAAAAAGGAUUCAAACACUGAGGAUUAACACACCGAUAAAACACAGCUCAGGCCUCGUCGUCAUAGCGACUUUAACCCUACUGUUACGUCAUAGCGCUAUCGAUUCUUCCCCAUUGUUGUGUCAUAGCACGCGCUCUAGUUCAUACCCGCCUAGCCCGGUACACAGUCUUAACACGCGCUACCUCGGCACGCGCAACCACGGUCCACCCCUAGCUCUCGAAUGCACUAAAACUUCACCUCAAAAGUGCACUCAGUUGAACCGUCCAUCCACACGCAAACUUGACCUUUUGACCUCAAAAGUGCACUCAGUUGACCCGUCUAUGGAGGCGGGUUAUACUACUCUCGCGGACAAAAUCUCUUAUCGAAAAUCGCCCAUAUCUGCCAACAGGAAGUGAAUUUUGAAAUAAUAAGCCUUUUCACGAUAAAUCUCGCACAUGCGCACAAAUGCUUCCGGACGGCAACCUUCCAUCAUGUUUACGUUGGUUACAUGAAUUAUAAUGACAAAGCGGGAGAAUUUGAACAAACUAAAGGUAAAUGAUCUGAGAUAUCUGGCGGUAGAUGUUGGCAUUGAUGUUAAAAGAAAGAAAAAAGAAUAAAUCAUUCAGGAAUUGCUGUUAAGUCAGACUGAAACUUCGAUUUUAACACCGAUCGUAGAAAAAGACGCACUUGAAUCUCCGCUAGUAGGAUCGUUUCAGGACAGCUUACCACCAUUCAACGUUGUUGCUUAUGAAAGUCCGGGUUACUCGUCCAUCCCCACUAUAACAUUUAGUGAUAUCUAUAGUUAUAUGAUCGAAAGACCAACAACAUAUGGUGGUACAGCAAGCAAUUUCAAGGGCUUGGACAGAUCUGUGAAGCACUUUGAAGCCGGUGACGUCCAAGAUAUUAAAGUGUCAAAGAUAAAUAGUUCUGUCAUAUAUGUCAGAGCAAAAUGUCAGGCAUCUAUGAGGAAACAGCAAUAUCAGGUUUUCAUUUGCAUCCUGACUACAAAUGCAGGCAAACCAAAUGUACAGCAUGGAUACUGUCAGUGUCCUAUUGGGUUAGCACAGGCAUGUAGUCACAUAGGCGCCCUACUUUUUGCAUUGAGUCAUGCAAAAACUAAUGAGACGACUUCAGAGAGCUGUACAUCUCAACCAUGUAAAUGGAUCAUUCCUGGGCGACAAACAAAACCAAUCGGACCAAUCAGCACUUUGCCCAAGAAAAAGCGUAAAUUGGCAGAUACUGAAGAAAACCUUGAUCCACUCGCAGCCUAUGAUCCUCGCCAUUCAGAUGACAAAGACAUAAAUAUUAACACCACUCUGUGGCAGUUAAAGGAAUUAAGAGAUGUCUUUCCACAUACAGGGAUGUCCCACUUGUGGAAUAUACCCGACCAUGCCCCAGAAGCCAUAAAGGAAAUGGAGGUCCAGGAUAUUGAAGAUCCAAUGGUGACAAGGAUGAAAAAUCUUAUAUUUUGUGAGGAUAAUGCACCUCAGAUUACAAUUGAUCACGAAUUGGUUGAAUUUAUUGAGACGAGUACAAGAGGCCAGAGGACAUCAGAAAUGUGGCAGAAACUACAUAUUGGUCGUUUAACCAGUUCCAUAUUUGGUGAUGUAUUGAAGGCUGGACCCAAUCCAAAGUCUUUGAUCAAGCAAAUUGUAGAGGGGUCUAGUCUUCAGAAGUAUGCAUCUCUGCCACCAGCUGUUCAGUGGGGACAACAAAAUGAGGCAAAGGCACGCUCAGAGUAUGUCAAUCUGAAGACUGCCACAAACAACAAUUUUAAAGUUGAGGAUACAGGUCUCACUUUGUGCACAGAUAACUCAUUUUUGGGUGCCUCCAGUGACGGGAGAGUUUUUGAUGGUGACAGCAUAGGUGUACUAGAGAUUAAGUGUCCAUACUCCAUCAAGGGAACUCAAGUAACAACAAUGGAAGUGAGUGAGAUUGUUGCAAUGGGAUGUCCAAAUUUCUGUUUAGAAUAUAGUAUGGAAGGACCACGUCUCAAAAAGAGCCACAAGUUUUAUGCUCAAGUUCAGGGAGAAAUGGCAAUUAUGCGAUUACCAUGGUGUGACUUUGUAGUAUGGACAGACACUGCUCAGAACAAUAUUUGUAUUGACAGAAUAUAUUUUGAUUCAGAGUUUGUGUCCUCUAUGAUGCCUAGACUUAUUGAAUUUUAUAUGCAUCACAUUAUCCAGUUACAGAGCUCCAGAUAAUUUCUAUUAUUUAUCUACUUUUAAGAUUUUUAAUCUGUUCAAAUUCUGUUUUCCUGAGAUAUAGUCAUUAAAGAGCAAUGCCACUUUGAAUUUUAUUCUCCUAAUGGAUAGAAGUAAUGCUUUUCCCAAUUCAGAAUUUGAUAAACUUCAUAAUGCAUAUUUCUGCAAAAAAUCCUCAUCCUUAAAUAUCUGAAGCUCUGAAGUUACAUUUACAAUGUAUCAUUUGAACUUAUUGCUUUAUAAAAGAAAAGUCUGACAAUAAAGUUGAAAUUUCAUCAUACUUGUGUAUAUAUAUAUAUAUAUAUAGUAUGCACUUCUGACAGGAAAGACAAUUGAUAUUUUAAAAUUUGAUUUAGAUAACCACACAUAUCAUUGUUUGUUGUACAGUAUACAAAUGCCAAAUCAUGCAAUGAUCAACAUGCAUAAUCAAUAAUUCAUUAAUCAAUAAUUAAUUAAGUUUUGAAAGAAAUUAUUUCAUAUAAUCUAUCCCAAAUGUAUAAACAAGUGUCAAUAUCUUUGAAGAACAGUUUCAAAUGACUGCAAGUGUCAUUUUUAUCAGAUAGCAAUGGAUUUCUACAUUAAACUAAAAAAUAUUCAUUUGCCAAUCACAAACCAACUGGAAUCACACCAUAAAUAUGGCAAGCAUGGUUUAUAAAUAUACAUGAACAAGAAACGUGUAACAUAUGUACAAAAGUAGAGUUGUUUACUGAUCACUUAAAUGAAGCAUAAGAAUCGUUUUCCCUUUGACAUGUUCCACCAUAAAUGUUUUGUUCUCCUAAUUAUCAAAUUCCAAAAAUAAAAAAUAUGUUGACAUGACUUCAAUCAGAAUAAUUAGUUUGAAAUCAUUUGAAUUACAAUUUGUCAUUUUCAUCAGUCUGAAAUCAAUUAAAGCAGCACUUCCUAUAAAAAUACACUCAUGUACAUAAAUGGAAAUUAAUUUGUAAUUAAUGGCACAUCAAGAUUUGUUAGCCAACAAAUCACCUGGAAAAUUUUAGUGACUAAUGGUUGCAAAGUUAUAGGCAUAACACCAUCCAAAAUAUGGAAGUUUUUAACUCGACCUAUACUCCUCUCUACAUGUAUUCUUAAUGAGGCUAUCUCCUGUGUUUUGAAAACUUCAUCUGUUGAAAAUUGCGGACAUGCACCUCUGAAUGGAGGAAUGUUCAAAUUACAUUUUUUAUUUUCCAACAGAUCUCUUAUCGUAAAACCUUUGUCCGCCAUAACACUGUCAUUUUCAUCUAACAGAUCUAUAAUACCUGAAUUAAUUGUCAGUUCUCUGUCAGAUACCUUACCUGGCCAACCUUCAGAUAUAAAAGAAAUAACACCUGAUGGUGUGAUGCCAACAAGAAAUUUCACAGUUGUAUGAUGUUUGUAGUUAGAAAAUGUCAUACUCUGAUUUACAAGACUAGAGGACUUCUGUAUAAAAAGUUCUGUACAGUCGAGUAUAACUCGAACAGAUGAAUACUUUGAUUUAAAAGAUAAUGGCAUUGUUCUGUCGAUGAUAUCACGUGCAGGAAAUGGAUUUAAAGAUUUCAGUUCACAUGCAAGUGAAGAAAUCCAGGUGGCAAAAUAUUUGGAAAAAGUACUCUCUGAUAUACCAAAUCUAUGGGCAAUAUCAGAGGUAAACAGUCCUAGUCUAAGUCUAAGAAGGACAGCAAGUAACUGGUCAACCAGCUCCAAUGACCCCUUAGAUUUCCUCUGUCUGUCUGCUGUCAGGUAUGUGUUGGAGCCAAUCCAGUACCUCAUUCUCUCUGCCUUUGGUUUCAUGAAGCUAUGUUAAAAAAAGGAUUAAAUUAUGUAUUAGGAUUAUACAGCAAUAGAAAAACAUGCAAUGCAGAUCUAUAUUUGAAUGAUGUAAAACUUAGCGAAAAGUAACUAAAAUUACAAAGCUAUGUACCACUAUGUUCAAAUGUGACUAAAUUUGUAUGCCUACUUGAAAAGCCACAUAAACACUGCAAAAGAAGGCAGCCCAGUGUAAAACUUUGUCUUGGCAUCAUCGUUGGCAAUCUUCUCUACAUUCCAAAUGUAUCUGGAGCGUUCUCUCUUGAGGUCGUCUAACUCCUUCUUCAAGGCAAGGUUCUCCUGUAGCAGAGGGUCAGGGUCACACUGUACACCUGUAAUUAAAAGAUAACAUUAAGGAUUGAGACCAGACAGAUGGGUGUCUGAUGACAAAUUUAAAUUUGAAUAGUUUGGUCAAGAAAGGACACAAAACAGUGGUAGGAGAGUCAAGAGCCCCACAAGUUACCCAACAAUGACCAGUAUACACAUAAAAGUAUGUGAUUACUGAUGUUUCUUUCAUGAAAUAGUUUAUGAUUUAUAGAUUUUAUUUAAUUUAAUCUCUCAUUUUUUAGGGGGUGGGGGUCUUAACAACAAUAAUUAUAGUAGACCUCAUUCAUAUUUUCGUAAGACAUUGACUUUUGAUCUGGCCAACAUGUUCAAAAUUCAAGCCUAAACAAUUAAAUUCUGUAUCUAUAUUCAAUAAUUUUUAAAACCUCUUUGAAAUAUUAAUAUUUUCUUUUUUUAUGUGUACCUUCAUCUUUCAAAGUCUUUAUAUCAACAUCAUCAAGAAUCAUAUUCUCAUCAUUGUUGUUGUUGAUGUCUUGUAGACAGUCGGGUUGUGAUGUAUAAUAGCUAUGUGAGUACAGACUGAAGUCGUGGUGUUUCUGCAUCAAAAGUCUCUCUGUUCUAUCCGUCUCGUUGAUUUCCUAAAAAAAAAUUAAUCAUUUAUAUAUAUAUAUAUAUAUGGUCAUAAUAUAUAAAACAUAUAAUGCAGUUAAAUUGUGAUAUAACUCAAUGUGAAUAAUUUUAUCACAGUAGCUAACUCAACUGUCAUUUCACCUCAUAUCAAUUACAAUAUGAAAAAAAAAAAGUCAAACAACAUGAGCGUUCUUUCAUAAAUUGUUAUUCUUACAAUUUGAAUAAAAUUUUAGGCUAGAUAUUGACCAAGGAUGUACAGCAACUGUCUAUAAGUGAGUCAUCAUUUCAUUUUAUGACUAUUUAUUUGACAAAUGUCUUUUUAAAAAAAACUUAUUGCAACAUUAUCAUGGGUCAUAGCAACUUUUGGAUAAAAAAAAUAUAGGAAAAAUAGGAUUUUAUCAUCAGAAAGUAGGACAAAAAUAGGAUUUUCUAAAAACGAAAAUAUGACCUUUAUAGGACAAAUUUAUUAACAAUAGUUUUUAAAAUUUGACAGACUCCACCUCCCCUCACAUCUGUCCACAAAUACCUUGAUCACUCUUUACUUUAGAAUAUAAAUUAUUUGAAUUUCCAAAGUUACUAGUGUGGUGUUUAGUUCUACUAAUGAAAGGUACUUUUCAAGUCAUCAAAAUUGUGUGUUACAUGUAUCAUUUUUGCAAUUGGUUGCCAUCCAUUAACAAUUGAACAUUUUCAACUUCUUGAUAACUACCAGUCCAAUUCUUUUUCAAAUUUGGUAUGAAACAUAUUUGGGACAAGUGGAACAUAAAUUGUAAAUUUCAGGACUCCUGCACCUCUGAGGCCUUAAAGGGUGGGACAAAAACUGCUAAAUAUUUACCAAUUUCAAAUAUAUUCUUUUCUACAACCACACAUGUGCAAGACAAAUGAUGUAGAGCAGAAAGACUACUACCAAAAUUGUAAAUUUCAUGAUUCCCUGGGUAGAGAAUCUGAGCCCAGGGUAGGGUCAAACAUAGUAUAUAUAGUGUUUAAGUGUAAACACUUAAUUAUAUCAUUGAUACUAAAUUGAAACUAAAUGGAUAUUUUGGAAAGAAAAGAUAUUCCUUUACCAAAAUUGUGAAUUUGAUGAUCCCAGGGAUAGGGAUUUUGGUAUCAGGGUGGGACCAAAAUGGCCAGUUAUUAAAUGUCAGAACAUAAGGCAUUAAGUACUGUUUCAAUUCUUUUCAAAUUCGGUAUGAUACAUUGUAAAUUUGAGACUAAUUCUUUAUGACAUUAUAGUAAUUUGAAGUUAUUUUUUUUUUCUUUGGUGAUUUCAUAAAUCAUUUUCAAUCAUCAAAGUAUCAGCAGAAAAUUUGAACAGUUUUAAAUAAUUAAGAGAAGAAGAAGAAAAAAAAACUGGACAAAGUGACCUCACAAUUAGUUUUCAAUGAAAUACAUAGUGAAAAAUGGAAUGACUCACUUAUGGCCAUACACUGAACAGUAUAUAUACAUGUAUAAUAUAUGAAUCUAUAUAUUAAUUCACAUAGAUUACAAAAAAAAAAGCACAUUGAUUUUUUUUUUCAUUAAAAAAGAACAACGAAGAGACUUUGGACAGAACUCAUUUAUCCUAAUGAAUUCAUUCAUCUCUACGUCAAUACGACAAUAGUUAAAGAUGUACGUUCUACCUGUGUAAAGUCAUCGUAGAGUAAACAUUCAAAUCACCUGAAGUAAAUUCCUUUUACUGUGUCUUUCCUCUCGAGCAGCCUGUGUCUCGGAUGGUUCCCUUGUCUUAUACGAAAACAAAGUCGGCCGAUAGUUGAUGUCCGUGGGGUCGUCACUAUGCCAAGAAUCAACAAAAUGCUCAGAGCAUACCCUACUGUUCUCAUUUGGGGCCCAAUUAUUUCUGUUUAUUGUCUUGAUCCAUGCGGCUCGCUUUCUUCUGUCGUUGGGAAAUCUGAAAAAACUUACACCUUUCUCUUUUGCUUUACUUCCUUGUCGGUUCGAGCAUUUAAAUACAACGCACUGAAUGACCAUGAUUUGUUGCCAAUAUAAACAUACAAUGGAACGCGGAUGUUGCCGUCCGGAAGCGUUUAUGCGCAUGUGCGAAGUACAGUCCCGCAGUUAUCGUGAAAUCCUCUAGACAAUUUUAUUUUCUAGUAUCCCUGAAAGUUUCAUGAAAAUCCAUUUAACCAUCUCUGAGAAAUACUGCCGACAAAAACGAAAAUAAUGAUAACUAGAAACUCUUUACUAGUAGUGAGUAGGUCUUCCUUUACACAACAUGUACUUCCGCUGCACAGUUUCCUGUUCAUACAAGAAUCUGAGGAAGUGCAUUGACAAAAAAAGAGAAAACACAAUUAUUUGAAUUUGAAA